UCCAAAUCGACCAGCAUGGCUACGGGAUCUGACGUUCGCGAUAUCCUGUCGCUGCCAGGCAAAUCUGCUCAGGCAUCCGUUUCCGGUGCAGGAGUCUCAAGCAGCGGGAGCGGAGGCGGUAUUGUGUCAAAGAGGCACCAUCCGUCAAAGGCGGCGAAGCCAAAGAUGGACGGUAUUUCCCGAGAAUUGUACGCACUCCUGGGCGACAACGCACCAAGCCUGUCGAUGGGCCCUGAUGGGCCCUUGGGAAUCGCUAGCGGCGCGCGAGGCAAAUUCAUGCCAAAGUUUAAGAGAAGGCCUCAGAAAGCGCAAAGAUGGGAAUGGGAACCGUUUCAGAAUCCGGCAAGGAAGGACAGCCUGGUGCUACAUCACUGGGUCCAAGCUUCUGAGACGGACCGCCAAGGCGAGAUAGAAGGAGAAGCGGGUCCAAGCAGGCUGCCCAAGCGAGAAUACCAGUUUGCAGACCUCAAUACCGGUUCUGGUGUCUACAGCUACUCAAAUGACGAGUACCACCAGCACCUACGUGACGACGACUGGACGAAAGAGGAGACCGACUACCUGAUCGACCUGUGCCAUUCGUACGACCUUCGCUUUAUCAUCAUUACAGAUCGAUAUGAGUGGCCGGGAAAGGAGCGAAGCAUGGAGGAUCUCAAGGCUCGGUACUAUGCCAUCUGCCGACGCUUGAUCAGGUCGCGAAUUAGCACAGAUGACUUCGAGACGCGCUCCGCACUUGUCCUCACCUACUCCUUCGAUCGGGCGCGGGAGGUGGAACGCAAGAAGCACGUUGCAAGGCUCUACAGCCGCACGCCUGAGCAAUUGGCCGAAGAAGAAGCAUUAUACAUCGAAGCGAGACGGCUGGAGCAGAAUGAGGGCAGAUUCGCCGCCGAGCGAGAGGAGCUCAUGCGGCUUUUAGGAGGCUGGGAGAGGGUGCCAACGAUCCGAGCAGAAAAUAUUGCUGCAGCAGGGGCUGGAUUGGGCGUCACUCUACCGGGCUCUUCGGCGGCAGUAGAGGAAGCACUCGAGGCGAAGCGCAAGAGGCACAAGACGGAGGGAAUCACUACCCCUGCUGGCGCUGCGUUUGUUGAUGAUGAAUCCAUGACCGGUGGUCCAUCUUCUUCAAUGGCUGCGGCUUCUUCCACGACAUUGGCCAAGGCAGCACUGUCCUCAAAGCAAAAGGCUGAGCUCAAGACGGCGCAAUUCGACGAACAGCACAUGAUCUCGCGCUUCGACCCCAACACACCGCCGCCGACGGGCGCAUCGACGUCGAUCUCUGGACCGACCUCUGGCGUACCUACUGGGCCAUCGCUGCUUUCGCAGACAAAGCUGCCUUACCCACACUUGGUGGGGGUCGCAUCAAGUUAUCCGCCCGUUGCGCCCAGCGUCAUGAACCCGUCUUCAUCGCACGGUGCUUUCCUGCGCUCCCAACGCAUGCUUGUCCCACGCACGUCGAUUCUGCAACGCGCCACGGAUGCAAUGAAGGAGCUUCAGCCUAACGUGGGUCCACGGCUCAUCUUCCCAACGGUCGACAAUGCCGAGAAGUGGGAGGGUCUAUUAGGGGCAGUCACAGCAGGAUUGGAGAUGAAGAGGCAGCUCGACCGGGUGGAGAGCGAGCUUAGGAUUCUCAGGAUGAGGCGGCAGCAGGGUCAUGGUCAGGGGCAGAGCGAAGGCUCAGUGCCGCCAGGGCAAAGCGGAUCGCUCAAGACGCCCACGCCUGGACCAGAAGGUCCAUCUCCCUCCCAGACUGGUGUGAGUCAGGUAUCUGUUGUUGAAUAAGUCCACCGUCUUUUGAUAUUACGCACCGUGCUCCUUGCCGCGAACAUAAUGGGGAAGGGAUUUUGAUUUUUGCAAGAAGUUCUCAUUCGUCCGACGAGGAGGAAAUUAUCAGUACAAAGAGCGAGCGAGCGAGAGUCAGGGAGGGAGGUAGCCGAAGCGAGAUUGUUUCGUGAUCAUCCAAAAUAAGAACCAUACUG